UGAAAACGCUUUAAUCUCAAUGCUUUAAACUGAGAGUGGAAAAUCAAUAAAGCAAAAGAAUGAGACCACGCAGUGUAGAAUGAAUGCCUUUUCACCACGUAGGGAAAUCUGUAGUCCUAAGAAAACAGGGAGUGAGAAUUCUGGCGAAAGGAUUGUGCCUCUGCACAAAGUGCAGGAUCCCAGGGUUCAGUACGGGCGCGAACGCUCCUGUGUGUUGACCACACUCCCACGGUUGCUUUUUCAGACAUGCUGAGGAGGACUCUGCUGUGCGCGGUGCUCGGGCUUCUGCGCGCCCAGCCCUUCCCCUGUCCGCCAGCCUGCAAGUGUGUCUUCCGGGACGCCGCGCAGUGCUCGGGGGGCGACGUGGCUCUCAUCUCCGCGCUGGGCCUGCCCACCAACCUCACGCACAUCCUGCUCUUCGGAAUGCGCCGCGGCGUCUUGCAGAACCACAGCUUCAGUGGCAUGACCGUCCUGCAGCGCCUCAUGAUCUCCGACAGCCACAUUUCCGCCGUUGCUCCCGGCACCUUCAAUGACCUCAUAAAACUGAAAACCCUCAGGCUGUCGCGCAACAAAAUCACGCAUCUUCCAGGUGCGCUGCUGGAUAAGAUGGUGCUCCUGGAGCAGUUGUUUUUGGACCACAAUGCGCUAAGGGGCAUUGACCAAAACAUGUUUCAGAAACUGGUUAAUCUGCAGGAGCUCGCUCUGAACCAGAAUCAGCUCGAUUUCCUUCCUGCCGGUCUCUUCACGAAUCUGGGGAACCUGAAGUUGUUGGAUUUAUCGGGAAACAACCUGACCCACCUGCCCAAGGGGUUGCUUGGAGCACAGGCUAAGCUUGAGAGACUUCUGCUCCACUCGAACCGGCUUGUGUCUCUGGAUUCGGGGCUGUUGAACAGCCUGGGCGCCCUGACGGAGCUGCAGCUCCACCGAAAUCACAUCCGUUCCAUCGCACCCGGGGCCUUCGACCGGCUCCCAAACCUGAGUUCUUUGACGCUUUCGAGAAACCACCUUGCGUUUCUCCCCUCUGCGCUCUUUCUUCAUUCGAACAAUUUGACUCUGUUGACUCUGUUCGAGAACCCGCUGGCAGAGCUCCCGGGGGUGCUUUUCGGGGAGAUGGGGGACCUGCAGGAGCUGUGGCUGAACCGCACCCAGCUGCGCACCCUGCCCGCCGCCGCCUUCCGCAACCUGAGCCGCCUGCGGUCCUUAGGGGUGACUCUGAGCCCGCGGCUGAGCGCGCUUCCGCAGGGCGCCUUCCAGGGCCUGGGCGAGCUCCGGGUGCUCGCCCUGCACUCCAACGGCCUGACCGGCCUCCCCGACGGCUUGCUGCGCGGCCUCGGCAAGCUGCGCCAGGUGUCCCUGCGCCGCAACAAGCUGCGCGCCCUGCCCCGUGCGCUCUUCCGCAAUCUCAGCAGCCUGGAGAGCGUCCAGCUCGACCACAACCAGCUGGAGACCCUGCCUGGCGACGUGUUUGGGGCUCUGCCCCGGCUGACGGAGGUCCUGUUGGGGCACAACUCCUGGCGCUGCGACUGUGGCCUGGGGCCCUUCCUGGGGUGGCUGCGGCAGCACCUAGGCCUCGUGGGCGGGGAAGAGCCCCCACGGUGCGCAGGCCCUGGGGCGCACGCCGGCCUGCCGCUCUGGGCCCUACCGGGGGAUGACGCGGAGUGCCCGGGCCCCCGGGGCCUGCCUCCCCACCCCGCUGCGGACAGCUCCUCGGAAGCCCCUGUCCAUUCAGCCUUCGCUCCCAACAGCUCAGAACCCUGGAUGUGGGCCCAGCCAGUGACCACGGGCAAAGGUCAAGAUCAUAGCCCGUUCUGGGGGUUUUAUUUUCUGCUUUUAGCUGUUCAGGCCAUGAUCACCGUGAUCAUCGUGUUUGCUUUGAUUAAAAUUGGCCAACUCUUUCGAAAAUUAAUCAGAGAGAGAGCCCUUGGUUAAAUCAAUGGAAAAAUCUUCUAAUUACUUAGAACCUGACCAGAUGUAGCUCGGAGGGGAAUCCAUACCCGCUGCUGUCUUGCUCUCCCUCCCCUCCCCACUCCUCCUCUCUUCUUCCUCUUCUCUCUCACUGCCACGCCUUCCUUUCCCUCCUCCUCCCCCUCUCCGCUCUGUGCUCUUCAUUCUCACAGGCCCGCAACCCCUCCUCUCUCUGUCCCCCGCCCGCUCCUCGAAACUAAGCUUUACAUUUGUAAACUGUGGUUGCCUACCUUCCCCACCUCCCACUCGGGUGUAUGCUGACACUGCCGGGGGCGCUGGAUUGUGUUGGACCCAUCCUUGCCCCGCUGUGCCUGGCUUGGCGUCUGGUGGAGAGAGGGGCCUCUUCAGUGUCUACUGAGUAAGGGGACAACUCCAGGCCGGGGCCUGCCUCCUGCACAGGUAAAUGUUUGUGAAAUCAAUGCGUGGAUAAAGGAACACAUGCCCUCCAAGUGAUGACGGCUUUUCUUGGAGGGAAAGG